GAUCAAUACCGUCGCAUUACGGCAAAAGUGAGCCAAGCCUGAAGCACAGUAAGAAAAAUGCCUGCUGCAUGUGUGCUUCUGGGGCGCAGAAACAACGAUGAAGAGCGCGAUGACGAGCAGCCCUGCCACCACCAUUCGCAGCAGCAGCAGCGGCAGCAGUCAAACGAUGAAGAUCAACGUCGGCGGCCGUGUCAUCGACUUCCCGGUAGCUGAACUGCUUCGUUCUGAGUGGCAGGGUACGCCCAUCGCAGUGCUGCUUCACUGGUUCGAGGACUGGCUGCUGACCGAUGACAACGGCAUCCCGUUCGUAGACGCUGAUCCAGAGUACUUUAUCCGGUGAGUUGAGUGCAUCACACACACACACACACACACGUGGGCAGUUAGUAGUCACUCACAGCUACCUUUCUGUCUGUUGCUGGGUGCUUCUGGCUGACAGGUUGGCUGGGCUGUUGCGUGGUGUCGAGGGGUGUGCCUUGCAUCUGUGGGAGUUUCCUGAGUAUCGCCUCCGUUUCCUCGCCGUCACAUCGAUGAGCACCGACACCCAGGCGCAGAGCAGCCCAGCACCGCCCGACCUGACCGUCAACGCACAGCCCGGUGACGAGAGCAGUGACGACUUCCGUGACUUCAAGGCCGUGAUGGGUCCCUUCAUCAAGACCGAAUGUGGUGGGACGGGCGGGCGGGAGGUCAAGACCAUGACAUUCACCGACGGCAGCACCGGCACAUGCGUUGUGUCCACAACCGAUGCCACGCUGGAACAUUUCGAGGGACUCAGAGGCCGAUUUGACCGGUCAGUCAGUCAGUUAGAGGGAGGGAGGGAAGCGUCGCAAUUCACUCAUUGUUGUGUGUGUGUUGUGUUGUGUUGUGCCAGUGACAGGUUUUGCACGACUGUUUCGGGAGGAACGGGUGAGACUGUGGAGCAGUUCCAGAAGCAGGUCCUACACUUCCAGAAGUACGCACGUCAGACGAACGAACAAGUGCAUGGACGCAAGCCACAGCACCACUCAGUACACGACAUACCGGUUGCUGUCUGGGACCGUCAGUCUUUCUCUCUCUCUCUUUUAUGUGCAGGGUGGUCGACUGGGCGCGGCGCAUUCGGAUCUCGGGUGACGGCGGGAUCGAGGGCGCCGGCCCGGCAUAUCCACCUUCCUCUGACGACCCGAGGGGGCUGGCUGAUGCGUGUGAGAUGUAUGGCAUCUUCGAGCAAGCCUACCGCUGCAUCCUGGGCAAGAAAUACAACAUCCGCCACCUCUACACGUACGGAAACGAACAACAAGGGAAGGGCACACUCAGAAGCAUAACACGUGUGUGUGUGUGUGUGUGUGUGCGUGUAGGAGCUGUGCUGGUAAGGAGCAUGCUGUGCCGUAUGCUGACCUCCUGGACCACCUGGGUGGCGGUGGUUCGUCACGAGGCCGCCUGAUGGUCCUCGAGACGAACAACGCGGAGCGGCUCAUCUGCCACAUUGACGGUCCCCUCCCCCUCCGCACGGACAGCACAUGCCCCCAGCUGACCGGCCGCAAGGUCACCCUCCACAGGAUGACCAUGAAGGAAGGCAACAUCAUCACCACCACACUGCCGCCUGAGGACGACAGACAGCACGACCACUUCGUCGUCGCCGCGGGAGUCCACGGCGGUGUCACUGGCGCCAUCAAGGCCACCAACGAUGAGACAGUGAAGGGCCGUGUGGCCUUGGCCGGCGGGCGGGUGUGGCUCGGGGUCGGCAAGGACGACGAUAUGCGCAAGUGCCGCGUGUGUCUCGACCCAUCUGCGGAGGAGACCUAG